AUGACGAGGCCUCAGAUGAUUCGAGCUGACACUCUUGACCUCCAAGACCAUGACGCUCCUUCUGCUCAAGAUCACACCAAGCAACCCGAACACCCCAACCCCUUGGGAGGCGGCCGGCCUGCUCCCCACCACGAACUUGCGCUUCGCCAUGCGGAGCAAGACAUGAAUGCCGAAUCGAUGAAUGCGUCUAUUUUGAAUGGUCAUGAUAAUUAUCAAGAAGGCGCCGAUACACGCAGUGAGCAGGCAGAGACGGAUGCCAAUCUGCGGCACAAUGGCGAAUACAGCCACGAGGAAGAUGGGGACCUGGGGGAGGAUGACCAGGACGAUGAUCUGCUUGAUGACGACAUGAUGGACAAGCUCUCUAGUUCACCUUCGAUCGAUGAUGAGGACAUCGACUUUGAAUUCGUCUACGCUCUGCAUAACUUCAUUGCUACCGUAGAUGGCCAGGCAAACGCGGCAAAGGGAGAUACCAUGGUGCUGCUGGACGAUAGCAACAGUUAUUGGUGGCUUGUGCGUGUGGUAAAAGAUGGAAGUAUCGGGUAUCUUCCGGCGGAGCAUAUCGAAACGCCCACAGAACGUCUAGCCAGGCUGAACAAACAUCGCAAUGUUGAUCUAUCUGCCACCAUGCUUGGUGAUAAUUCGGAAAAGUCGAAGAACCCACUGAAAAAGGCCAUGCGACGUCGCAAUGCCAAGACUGUCAACUUUGCCCCACCAACUUACAUCGAAGCCUCUGAUGUGGAAUACUCUACCGAAAGGAAGACGAACAUGGAGACGAAUGAAGAUAUUGUCGUGGAACCUCUUCGUACUCGAUCUCAGAAAGAAAGACCCUUGCAAGGGUCGGAUGAUGAUCUGUCGCCCAUCAAGCAGGAGUCGGACCGAGCGGCCUCUGAAGCAAAACGCUCGAGUGAGGACUUCUUUGAUCCAGAAGAACCGAUCGUCAGUAGAUCCCGAAAUGGCACUGUGCGAAACACGGACUCUUUCUUCAAAGAUGACACUGCCGAGCCAAAGAAGAUUUCUCUCACGCCGAAUCUCCUCCGCGAUGAGUCCAACGGCGCUGCUUUGACUGGGGAAUGGAAAGAGACUGGACGCGGAAGUUUCGAGAUGAUUGACAAGUCCGGUGGUUCUCAUGACAAGAACAAAGAUGACAAGAAGCGCAAAGACAAGAAGCCGGGAAUGCUCAGCGGCCUGUUCAAACGGAAAGAUAAAAAGCACAAAUCAACCGAUGAUGACGUGGAAGAGCCCGAGCGAUCGCCCGCUGAUGCUGGUCCUCGCAUAUCACCGCAGCCAAAGACUUCUCUCGAAACCGCUUCGCCAGAGCAGCGCCCGAUCAAGUCGCGGCAAGCAAAUGCGAAGCUGCAAAAGCAACCCCCUUCAGCCCUCUCCCCCACCUCUCGAUUUGAGGGACAGGCGGACUUGGGGCAUCAAGAGUCCCCUAGGGAACGAGAAGUCUUCGGUGGGAAGCAACCCACCCAGUCCAUUCGCAGAGUCGUGCCUUCAGAGACGGACAGCCGCGGCGAGGGACGAGGAGAUGUCCUCCCCCCCGACGAUCAGCGUCGUCCCUCCAAAGAUUCUUUCACCAAUUCGGCCGAAAAUCAAUACCAUCAAGCUUCUCCGGUCGACCGACCCUCCAGUGAAGCUCAAUGGAGAGGACCGUAUGAGAUCGCGGAGCGGCACCAACCUUCGGUGAUGUCCCCGCCUCAAAGAUUCACGCCGAAUGUUGGGUCCGAUUACUCUUCCCCCGUUUCUCCAGCCUACGAAAGCUUCUCGCCCAUUGAGGUUGCUGAUAGCCCAGUCACCGCUGAGCCAAAUCACGACACUUCCAUAGUCGCUCGAUCUCCCUCGAUCUCGUCCGUGUCCACGUCGUCGGAGGCUGAGCUGAAUGAUUGCAAGAGUUGCGACGACCCCCGGAUUUCGCUGGACACGGCCUCGGUUGGCACACCUACGUGGAGCGACGCCAGUCUUAGAUCCUAUCUGGACGAAGAGAACGACAUUCGCGAUCUUUUCAUCAUUGUUCAUGACAAUUCGAACGUCCCCCCCGCCGGUCCCGAUCAUCCCGUCACUGGUCGUUUGUUCAAGGAGGAGAGCAAGCGACUCAAGGAGAUGAACAACCAGCUUGACGACAUGCUCGUCAAAUGGAUGUCUUCGCGUAAAAGAUCCUCGAGUGUGACGCGUAGUCUUCAAAGUUCGGCAUCCUAG